UUUAUGUUAUCGCAUUAAUUAGCGAGAAUUUAGCUUAUGAGUUAUGACACAUCUUCAGCUAUCUCUAGUAUUUAAACUCCUGGGACUUUGUACAAUUCUAUCUUGCAAAACCAUCUUAUCUCUUCCACAGAAUUACAGACACGAAGAAUGAAAAUGACACCACAUUCAAAGGCAUUCAUUAUUCUCAUUGUUGUGGGGGUAUUUGUACGUGACACUUCAGCUAGGAAGCUCCUGGGAGAUGCAGUAGCUACAAUCUUUGACUACAAGAUCCCUGCAGCAGAUGGCUUCGGACUAGGUGCCCAAAUUGUAGGAGGGUCUGGUGGAGGAGGAGGAGGCGGUGGCGGUGGAGGAGGUGGAGCUUUUACUAGUGGAUUUGGUUCAGGAUUUGGAUUUGGCUUCGGUAGCGGUCAGGGAUCAGGUUUAGAUGGUACCGGCGGAGGCGGCGGCGGUGGUGGCGGAGGCGGAGAGAAUGGUGGUAGCGGUUAUGGCUUUGGAAUAGGAGAAGGUUUCGGUGGAGGUGGUAUCUGAUCCAAUAAAUUUGCCGCAUUGAAGAAUAAUUGGAAGUGAAAAAAAAAAACCAAAAAAAAAA